GGUAGAUGCUCAGGGAGCUAUAAUUAGAGACGCUCCCUCUGGUCUGGGAAAAUUUUACCCUGUUCGCCCCGCGCAGAGAAGUGCAGUUUUCACAAGGCGCGCUUCCACCGUCUGGAGAUCGUCUCUAGUGAAUGAACCAAGUAGGCACUGGAUAGGACUGCAUGAGGUUGAAGAUGACCGGUCACUUCACGAUUGUUCUGGCGCUGACACUGCUGGCUGGAGCCGUGUAUCCAGCCAAGAGUGAAUGGCAGGACGGACAGAACUAUGAUGAAGAUGCUUCGUCUAACAUCGAGGAAGCUGAACUUCUGCUUAAAGAGCUGAAAGAUUUGGUGGAGGAAGAAAUGUUGGCCGACAACAAUGCCGAGGACGACAAUGCCCUACUUCCCGACAAAAGAUAUUCUGCAGCAUAUCGUGGCGCUACUGACCCAAACAUUGCAUCAGGAAGACCUGCGAGUCAGUCUAGUGUUGGCUGGGGAGGAAGCCCCGGUCGGGCCGUCGACGGAAACAGAAACUCCCAUUGGGCAGGCAACUCGUGUACACAUACAAACGGAGAAAACGACCCGUGGUGGUAUAAACCCGACCUGUGGCGGCCAUCACCACUUUCCUCCCGCUGA